AUGGAAAGGUUUCGUGGUCUUCGCAUUGACACGGCUCCAACUCCUGAGCAGCCACAGCCACAGCCGCAGCAACAGCAUAGCUUUGUCAGACCAGUUUAUGCGACCUCAGGUUACACUGGUGCAUCGGGUUACCCUAUUCCGUCUGCAGGAAACGCCUUGUCUGGUUACCCCAGGGCGGCGCCCGCCUCUACUUCCGCCGCUCCCGCAGCUGCACCGCCUUCCGCUUUUGUUUCCGCCACUGGCGCAACCCGGGGGGUGGGAGGCGGAGCAUCCGUCCCCGCAAGCGCAGCAGGCGCAGCUGGCGGAUUUGUGGGCGCAGGAAGAAGCGGAACCAACCCCGCGUGGGCGGGCACGUCCGCCGCCGCUGCCGCCGCCGCCGCUAUUUUGGCGGAAGCGGAUAGAGACGAGGACCCGGGGGGGAGACGGAGCUACAGCCACAGCUACAACCAAGGCUACGGCCACGCGAGCGCGCAGAGUGCCAGUCAGGUGCACGCGCCGGGGGGAAACAGUCACGCGGCUUCCCGCGUGUCGUCUGCGCGCUCCUCUAUAAGCAGCUCCAGUAACCGCAGCUCGCCGCGGUCCGACGCGACGGACAGAAGCGCGCGCAGAGCGAGGCGGAAAGCGUUUACCGCCAGCGGAGUCGGCGUGGGGAACUCCGCCGUUUCCGCGUCCCUGUCCGCGGGCGCGGCGGACAGCGGGGGGAGCUCGGAGGGGAAGCGGAGAGAGAGGCAAGGGGGAAGCGGGGAUGCGUACGGCGUGGGAAGAGGGGAGGCGGACGGCGGAGCCGGCGGAACAGGCGGAGCAGGCGGAGGGGGCGGAGGGGGCGGGGCGGGAGUGGUGGACUGGCGCGGGUGGAAGGUGACGCGGAGGUUGGAGUUCGAGGGGGCGGACUGCGCGCUGAUAAAGGCGUUCCUGGGGGACAGGGACGCGUGGGCGUGCCUGGAGGAGAGUUCAGCGAAUCGAAUCUACAUCUUUGAGUAUCUCAACACUGUUCGCACCUCCCACCCGGCGCUCCUGCAGACCUACCAGGCGGUCCUGCUGUCCCACGGGCUGACCACGGAAAGCCUCAAGGCGCAGAGGCGGGAGGUGCUGCAGCUGUUUGCAGUGCUGCUCACCCCACAGGACGGGCUGUGGAAGCUAAAGAAGGGGCAGCUUCUCGACCUUAUCUGCCACUCAGACGCCUGGAGGAAGGCACAACAAGCACAAGCAGCACAACAGACACAAGCAGCACAGCAGGCACAGCAGGCUCAGACGCAACAGGCUCAACAAACACAACAGGUUCAAAUACGGGCAGUUUCGGGUGGGGAUGGGCGGAGUGCGGUGGGAGAAAGGGUGGUUGAGGCGACGGGCGGUGCUGCUAGGGAUGUGAUGGCUGGUGGGAUAGCGGCAAGGGGUGUGGCAGCAGAUGCAGCCGUGCGAGCGGGAUCAGGAGCAGGAGCAGGAGUGGGAGGGUCUGGGUAUGGAGGGCAGGGAGGGCAGCAGGGUGGCCAGGGGGGAUACGGAGAAAGUGCAUACGGCGGGGGAAUGCAGAGUCUCGCACAGAGAUUCGGUGCUGCUUUUGCACGCUCUUUCUCUGCAGGAAAGGAGCUCGCUUCAGCCGCGUUCACUGCCUCGCUGGCAAGCGGUGCUGCUGCCACGUCUGUAGCGGCAGCCAAGGCGGCUGCAGCGCUGCCACCUUCCCCCGUCUCUCCCCCCGCUACAGCCGCCCCUGCCGCUGUCCCUCUUGCUCCUGCCGCUACAGCCGCUUUCACCGCCUCGCUGGCAAGCGGUGCUGCUGCCACGUCUGUAGCGGCAGCCAAGGCUGCUCAAGCACUAGCAGCCUAUAAACGCUCCUCCACCCCCCCCAGGAGCCCUGUAGACCACGACACGUGGGAUUCGGGGGAGGAGGAGGAGGGGGAGGGAAGCGGGGGAUGGGGGGGAGCGAUUGGGAGGAAAGGCAGGGCUGCGAGCUAUGGGGGAGUGACUGGUUCGGAGCGAGGGGAAGGGUCAGGGGAAGGUGGGAGAGUGAUAGGGGGGUCGUUAGGUGUGAGGGUUGGGGAGAUGGCAGGAGGGGGACUUGGAGGAGAGUCGGUGAUAAAUGCAGGAGGGGAAGGGAGAGGAGUGAGGGGAGGAGAAGGAGCAGAAGGAGCAGAAGGAGCAGGAGGAGACACGAAUGUUCCAGGGGCUAGUGUGGCUGGUGGCAGUGCGGUUGGUGGCGGUGUGAUGGAUAGCAGUGCGGUUGGUGGCGGUGUGAUGGAUAGCAGUGCGGUUGGUGCCGGUGCGGCUGGUGGCAGUGUGUGGCAGGGUAGGGAGUGGUUGGGAGGGGUGGAGGUGUUUGGGAGUGCCAUUGACAACAUGUGGAGCCCGCUUCCUGUGUUCAUGGGGGGGAAUGCAGGCGCACAGUCACAGUUCAAAUCCCCCCGUACACUGGACGCCAGCCUGGCGCGUGACGUGGCGGAGCUGCACGCGUUCCUGUGCCCCGGCGGUGACGUCAGCAGCAGUAAUAGCAGGAGCAGGAGCAAAACGAGUGAGUGCAUGCAGCAGUGGUCUGCUCUGCUCCCCCGCACGGCCUUGCACACUCGCUUCCUGGCCGUUCCCACUGCUCUCAGACGCAGGCAGAAGCAGGUGGAGGAGAGACAGGGGCAGAAGCGGCAGGUGCAGCCGCAGGUGGGGCAAAAGGAGGGGGAGAAGGAGGAGGGGGAGAAGGAAGGGCAGCAGGAGGGGAGGAAGGAGGGGCAGAAGGGGAAGCAGGAGGGAUGCUUGGUGCUGCAGGCGCUGCAGAGAGGGGUGUGGAGGAAUAAAGGACUUACGCACGAUGGGCUGCAGCAGCUGGGAGUGGGAAUGCUGCAGGGAAUGCUGCAGGUAUAUGCUGCAGGAUGUUUUCCUCCCCCUCCUCCCCGCCCCCUUUCCUCCUCCCCGCCCCCUUUCCUCCUCCCCGCCCCCUUUCCUCCUCCCCGCCCCCUUUCCUCCUCCCCGCCCCCUUUCCUCCUCCCCGCCCCCUUUCCUCCUCCCCGCCCCCUUUCCUCCUACCCGCCCUGUUUUUCUCUUCUCCUCUCCCCUCUGCUUUCAGCUUCUCGCAUCUAUCCUUCGGCCACUGCUGUGACUGGCAUGGCUGUCAAAAGUCGAGCUGAUCCUAGCAUCCUCAAGCCUCUCCCGGGAGUGGCGUGGCUGUCAAAAGAUGAGGCUAUUCUUGCUUCCAUCCUUAAGCCUCUCCCGGGAGUGGCGUGGCUGUCAAAAGACGAGCUGGUGGGAAUCGUGGUUGCUGAGAGGGAGAGGAGGGAGGGUGAGGAGAAGGAGAGGAUGGAAGGGGAGGAGAUGAGCAGGAGGGAGGGGGAGGAGAGAGGCAGGAGGGAAGAGGAGGAGAAGGAGAGGAGGGAAGUGGAGGAGAAGGAGAGGAAAGAGAAGGAGGAGAAGGAGAGGAUGGAAGAAGAGGAGAGGGAGAGGAGGGAAGAGGAGGAGAGGGAGAGGAGGGAAGUGGAGGAGAGGGAGAGGAGGGAAGUAGAGGAGAGGGAGAGGAGGGAAGAGGAGGAGAGGGAGAGGAGGGAAGCGGAGGAGAGGGAGAGGAGGGAAGUGGAGGAGAGGGAGAGGAGGGAAGAGGAGGAGAGGGAGAGGAGGGAAGCAGAGGAGAGGGAGAGGAGGGAAGAGGAGGAGAGGGAGAGGAGGGAAGCGGAGGAGAGGGAGAGGAGGGAAGUGGAGGAGAGGGAGAGGAGGGAAGUAGAGGAGAGGGAGAGGAGGGAGAGGGAGGAGAGGAACAGGAGGGAAGAGGAGACCACUGCAGCUGCUUCUGCUGCUCCCGCUGCUCCUCCUCCUGCUCCUGCUGCUCUCCUUUCCACUCAUCCUGUUGCUCUCCUUCCUACUGCUCCUCCUGCUGCUCCUCCUGCCACUGCUCCUCUAGCUGCUACAUUGAUGCACCCUGCUACAGUGGCACAUCCUGCUACAGUGACUCAUCCUGCUACAGUGGCGCACCCUGCUACAGUGGCGCACCCUGCUACGGUGGCGCACUCUGCUACGGUGGCGCAUCCUGCUACAGUGGCGCAUCCUGCUACAGUAACGCACCCUGCUACAGUGACGCGCCCUGCUACAGUGACACACCCUGCUACAGUGGCGCAUCCUGCUACAGUGGCGCAUCCUGCUACAGUGGCGCAUCUUGCUACAGUGGUGCAUCCUGCUACAGUGGCGCAUCCUGCUACAGUGGCGCAUCUUGCUACAGUGGCGCAUCCUGCUACAGUGACACACCCCAUCAUAGAAGCACAAGCAAUCACCACAGCUUCACACCCACCUGCAAUAGCACCUUCUAUAGUCACAACAUCACACUCAAACGCAAUGGCACCAGCUAUAGUCACAGCUUCACACUUAACCCCAAUAACACCCAUGACAGCUCCUGCUACAGUCACAGCUCCUUACCCACCUGUGCAAGCACCUGUAUUAGUUACAGCCCCACACUCAACCCCAAUAGCACCUGUUAUAGUCACACCAUCACACCCACCUGCUAUAGUCACAGCUCCACACCCACCUGUUUCUGUACUGAGGCCCAAUUCAGCAGGCAGCAUCCACGUCAGCUCUUCCUUUCAUCUCUCUUCUGUUGCUACUUUUGGCAAUACUUCUCUUGGUGCUGGUGCUGCUGGUACUGGUGCUGGUGCUGCUGGUACUGGUGCUGGUGCUGCUGGUACUGGUGCUGGUGCUGCUGGUACUGGUGCUGUUGCUACAGCCCGACUUGCCCCCAUCAAUGUUAACCCCACCCUGCCUUCACCCGAGCAGCCGAGCACUUUUCAGGAAGCUCUGCAGAGCGGUGCCGGUGGUGUUGAGAGUGGUGUAAACGGUAGCACGGAAAACGGCUCUCUAGGCCAAUUAGAGGCUCGGGCACUGGCAGCACUAGAAGACGAUCUUAGCUUCAAUGCCAAGGCUGCGGUUCAGGAGCAGCGGGUUGCUGCGGAGGCUCGGGCAGUCCUUGCCGAAGCUGAGGAGCAGCUUCGGCGAGCACAGGCUGCAGUGAACCAAGCCAGGGCUGCUGCCUCGGAGGCAACCCACCGGGCCGAAGCUGCUGCAGCAGAGGCUCGGGAGGAGAUGGGCCAGCUGGCGGAGGCUCGGGAGCAGGUUCGGAGGAAGGCUGAGGAGUGUCGGCGUGCGUGGGACCGCCACAUCAGCAUCGUGCGCCAGCUGGCAGCUGUAUCCCCUGGCGCGUGUGGCAGGAAAUCUUAUUCCAGAAGGCGUAAGGAGGAGUUUGAAGCGGCAGCGAGGAGUUAUGAGGAGUACUUGACGUUGUGGGAGGAGCUGGAGUGCAUGGGGCGAGGGAGCCUGCCGGAAACGCCACAGGCACAAUAA